AUGGCCAACAAUCGCAACCCUCUUCCGACUGCUCCUUCCCGGUCUGGAGUGCCAUUGAAACCAGCUCUCGCUCGAGUACCGAAUACCCCUCGUCUCGCUCAGGACAAGCCCUCCUCGACAGCAGCAAUCACGUCAACAACAACAUCAACACCGCCCUUUCGUCCCAAACUGCAAGAGUCGGAAUUCAGACCAAAACUAAACAACCACAAACCAAUACCUUCGCCCCUUUCUUCGACUCGUCCGACGGCGCAGGUCGCCCCUUCGCAUGUCACCCCACACACAUUGACUGGAAAGACGCGAGCUGGCCAAAUAAUAAACUCGACCCCGACUGCCAUAUCCCCCAACGACGACACCCCAAGUCAUGCGAGAAAGAGACCCCUUAUGAUCUCACCCACAAACAGCGAACCUGCUGUGCGUCGCCCACAGUUGGCCGCCUCCAGUAGAGCAAAGAGCGUAGUGGGCUCUGUAAGACCGGCCAACACAAAUCCUCCCCGUCCGGCCCUAUCCACUACUAGAUCUGGUCCAGCUGUUCGAGGCUUCGUCAAGACACCAGAUACUACCAGGUCAAAUGCUUCAACUCUGCAGCCACAGGCCGCGGUUCCCGCCAGAGUCUCACCGCUCCCUGCAUCCCGCCCUACAUCGGCCAAGAUAGACAAGGUCUCGAGCCCCAUGUUCUUCCAUGCCAGCGACGCUAAAUCACAGCCGCAACCUCAACCGACAACUCAAGCUCCCAGGCUGAGAAAGACGCCAUCCUUCCUAUACGCCAACGGUCAGCAGCAAGCUGCAGCGCCAAGAUCACUCUCGCAUCGAAGCUCUUCUCCCGUCCUUUCCAACAUAUCGGCCGUCACCGAAUCGCGCUCUCCUCAAUCCUUCGUGCAAUCACCCGUUCUUUCAGACUCAGCUCACACGCCGACCAUAGCCUCACCACCUCUCAGUGCUGUUUCCUCGGCCUCAAACUACUUGACGAGUCCUACCUCACCUCCAAAGAACAAUAUUCACCUCUCGUACAGGAAAGGUGCCUCCCAAAUAUUUGCUCUGGGUGGCCCGCCGCUACCUUUUCAUCCUGCUCAACCCACUCAACGAAAGACCAGUGCUGCGUCGCUGCGACCUUCUCAUCUCCGGAGCACCAGUCUGUCCUCAAUUGACACAGGUAGCCCUGACCAUGUUCGCAGACAAUCACAUCCUAUACCGGCCAUCACAGAACCUGUGGGCGAGGACGAGCCUCUUGAUUCACCUACACCUGUGCCAGACAACGGAGCCGAUGGUUCACUCGAUGCGUCACCUUCUGAUGUUAUACAGAGUCAUGAUGUCCUACCGGUCGAUCCUUAUGCUGAGGCGCGCCGUGAACGAAAAGUCCUCGAUCUUGAGAUUUCGAACUCAUCGCUCCUGGCCAUCAACAAGUCUCUGGAACGCGAACUCAGGAAACAAAAGGCCGAGUUGAAACGCUUUCGUCGCUUGAGUCGAGCUGGUCAAUUUGCCGUUUCUCAGAGGAGGGAAAGUGGCGCCGAGGAAGACCUCUCAAUAUUGGAUGAAGAAGUUGAUUUACCCGACUUUGAUGAAGACGAUGAAGGCGCUCGACCAUCGAGUCCUUUCCAUUCACAACCUGAGGAAGAUUCUUCUGAUGAAGGGUCGACCGAUUCCUCAGCUGUACCGUUAUCUCCAGGCGCUCAGGCUGACCGCGAUGCUGCGCAGCGGGCUGAAGAUGAGAAUCGCCUACGACUCGACCUGAGUAGACAUCGUGAAUUGCUCAUGGACACGCAGCGAAUGAAUCAGUCUCUACAGCGUUGCCUCUACUGGACCGAAGGGCUGAUAAAGGACGGAAAAAAGGCUCUCGAUUAUCAAGUCGCGUCUUCAGAAGUCAAACUCGGUGGUCUCGACGACGCUGACAGCGUUCGAAGUAUUGACGAGAAACCUGGCGCUCUCCCGGAUUUUGGCGAGCCCGACCGACGGAGCGUCGGCAGUGAGAUGGACAGCGGUAUUGACCUCAUGAGCAAGCACGAUCUCCUAUGCGAUCGAGUCAAGAAGGCCAAGGCAAGCAGACUGCGUCGACAAAUGCCAUCACCGUCAUUGGAUAUUCCCGCUGAUGAUGGCAAAAAGACGUACAUUGCCGCAGGGGUGGAAAAAGAGUGA